UUUUAAUAGUAAAAAUAAGAGUACGAUCCGACUCAUCGCUGAGAGUAUUUCCAGAUCUGAACUUGGAAAAGUGAAAAAAGGUCCAAAUUGUUUCAAAUAGGGAAUCCCACUACUGGUUUAUGGUAACAAAAGAAUUUGUUCUCUGUUGAGUGAAGCAUUUGUUUGCAAAUGCAAUUUGAAUUGAAUUUUGAGAUUUUUUUGAGAUACGGAGAAAGUUGAAUUGUGAGUUCAUAAAUGUCGUGGGCUAGUCCAGAUGAUAUCUAUCUCUCUACUUCUCUUGCAAGCUAUCUUGACAAGAAACUCCUGAUGUUAUUGCGAGAUGGACGAAAGCUUUUGGGGACACUUCGUUCUUUUGACCAAUUUGCUAAUGCUGUUCUUGAAGGUGCAUGUGACCGUGUUAUUGUUGGCGAUCUCUAUUGUGAUAUCCCAUUAGGUAUUUAUAUUAUCCGUGGGGAGAAUGUCGUGUUAAUUGGAGAAUUGGAUGUUGAUAAGGAGGAACUUCCACCCCAUAUGACUCCUGUUUCAGUAGCUGAGAUUACAAGGGCGCAAAAAGCAGAAAGGGAGGCUACAGAUCUUAAAGGUUCAAUGAGAAAGAGGAUGGAAUUCCUUGAUAUGGACUAAGAAUUCUUGAUACUGAUAUCUUGUUCUGCCCAGCAUCAUGGCAUGGCUUUUGCAAAUAUUACUGCGGUUGCUGGCUGGUGGCAGAAGUAACUAUAAUUGAUUUCUUUGGCUGUACUCUCUGCUACACAUUGUUCAUUGUAACAACUAAGAAUUCUUGCUACUGAUAUCUGGUUCUGCCCAGCAUCGUGGCAUGGCUUAUGCAAAUAUUGCCGCGGUUGCUGGCUGUUGGCUGAAGCAACUAUAACUGGUUUCUUUGGCUGUACUCUCUGCUACACAUUGUUCAUUGUAACAUCUACAGGUCGGGAAUCGGAUUGUUCCUACUACAUUCUUUUUCCAAUUACAUGUUGAAAUAUUGAUGGCUCCCUACUUGACAUACUGGUACAUUUAGGUUUUGGAACUGGUGAUGGUAUGAGGGAUGGUGGUAGAUCUUGAUGAUGGUAAAUUCAUCCUGUCCUUUUUACUCUAAUGUGGAAGAAUUUUGAAUUUUUAUGGUAGGUUGUAUAGACUAUAAGAUGGAGAUAACAAUGUAUUUUCAUUAUUCAAAAUCUUAAGGGAGCCUAGUCCCACAAGAGCAUUAUCAUGAGCCAACCCCCCGGGAAUCUUUUCAAAUCAUAGUCAGGGCUACUUGGAAGGCAGCUGUAAGGGAUUGAAAGUGCAUAGUCCUUCGAUUCAGGGAUCAGUAGUGUCUUCCUUGGUCGGUAGGUGCACAUGAAUGGAGCUUCCAGGAGUUGCUAUUUCAGGUUAAUUGGUUACCAUUGGUAGGGUUGUGAAAAACUGAUGCAAGUCUCAGGUAGACAAAAAUGUGGUCUCUAACAAGGCUUUCAAUAUGGAAUUUGACAUUACAAAUUCAUACUAUUAAAAUUUAGCCUUUUUCUGGAAGUUUUGAAAUUAGUAAUGAAUAUGUUUGGAAUGAGAGGAGAUGGAAAGGAAAUAAUAUAAGUUCAUGUCUUUGUUGAAUUUAAGCAUAGGUGAUUUGAUUAUUUUGAUGGAAGAUAAGAUGAAAGGUAAUUGUAGUAAAGUUCCCAUACCACAUGAUAUUAGAGAAAAAACUGGAAGAAAUGCUUUUGUAUUCAUUUUACAAUGAUGGAAGAGUAUAGAAAGAUUAUAUUACAGAAUAAUUAGUU